CAGCAUGCGUCGCUGAGCACCUGACUUGCUUGAGCUCGAAGAGCUGCGCCUUGUUUCUGCUGCGGACUCGGAGGACGCGUGCAGCUCCCGAAGGCGAGGUCUCCUUAAAGUGCCACGGUCCCCAUGGGCAGACUCGACGGCAAAGUCAUCGUCUUGACCGCAGCCGCGCAGGGCAUUGGCCGCGCAGCCGCCCUGUUCUUGGGAUUGGACCCAGGGCCUUGCACAUGCUAGGCGUUUGCAAAAGAAGGCGCCAAAGUCAUCGCCACAGAUAUCAAUGAGUCCAAACUCCAGGAGCUGGAGGAGUGCCCCGGAACGUGAUGUGAGCCUCGUGUGUGUUUGCAGAUUGCCUAGCAGGCAUGUUAAAAAGCAGAAAGAGCCCGGGGAUUCAGCUCAGUGGUUUCACCGCCUGCUGCGCAAGUGCAAGGACCCGAGUUCAAUCCCCAGUACCAAAAAAAAAAAAAGCAGAAAGAGACAGGUGGAAAUUAGUUUUGAUCAUAUAUUUGAUCAUAUAUUUAUACAAUAACCCAAUAUAUUUAAAAUAUCAUCGUCUCAACAUGCCAAUAUUAAAAAUUAUGAACAGAAUAUUUUACCUUUUUUCAUAGUAAGUAUUUCUAUUUAAACUAAGCUUUCAGGCAUUAAUUUCUUUUUUCAGAGUACUGAGGCAUAGUUCACACAUAAAGAUUGUGAAUAUUCAAGGUGUCUGUGCUAUUUUUUGGUGCUGGGCAUUGUAGCCAGGGCCUCAGGCCUGGUGAGCAGGUCUCUCUUUGUUCUUUCUUCCUGUUUGAUUCCCACUGUUUCUGGUGCUGGGGAGCAAAGCCAGGACCUUCCCAUGCCACGGGAGCCCUCUUCCACUGAGCCCGACCCGCACUGCCCAUCACAGCAUAAACAAUCCCACUGCUGCCGGGGUCGUUCACAAACGCGCGUCGUGUAGUUCCCUCCGUGUCGGUGUGUGUGUGUCUGUCUGUGUGUCUGCGUGUGGCAAGAGUGCUCAUCUGCAUGAUCUGCCCCCACUGUGCUGUCUUCAGAAUUCACUCAUCACAGCCCUGCAAGGUCGGACCUGACCCACACCACAGCUUUCUCACCCGGCAUCUUCCAGACCCAUGUGUUUCCCCAGUGCACACCCUACAGGCCAAGCUCUCCCUCCCUCGGUGCCCGCUAGCCGGAUGCGGUGAGCAGCUGCCCCAAAGACAGCCUGGUCCCCGGCCCCGUCCUGGGGAACCCUUGAGAGAUGGCUCGGUGACCCAGGCACCCUCAAGGUCUCCAGGUGGAGGACCGGUCCUUUGGGCAGGGACUGAGCCAGAACAGCUGGAGCGGGGCUUCAGCAAGGAAGGUAUCCAAACCCGCGUCCUUGACGUAACAAAGAAGAAGCAAAUCGAUCAGUUCGCCCAGGAAGUGGAAAGAGUCGAUGUUCUUUUUAACGUUGCUGGAUUCGUGCACCACGGAACCAUCCUGGACUGUGAGGAGACGGACUGGGACUUCUCAAUGAACCUCAACGUGCGCAGCAUGUUCCUGAUGAUCAAGGCGUUCCUGCCCAAGAUGCUGGCUCAGAAGUCUGGCAACAUUAUCAACAUGUCCUCAGUGGCCUCCAGCAUCAAAGGCGUGGUGAACCGCUGCGUGUACAGCACCACCAAGGCGGCCGUGAUCGGCCUCACGAAGUCGGUGGCCGCGGACUUCAUCCAGCAGGGCAUCAGGUGCAACUGCGUGUGUCCAGGGACGGUGGAUACCCCCUCUCUGCAGGAAAGAAUCCAAGCCAGAGAGGAUCCUCAGGAGGGGUCUCGGUCUCAGGCCCUGAAGGAUUUCCUGAAGAGACAGAAGACAGGGAGAUUUGCGACCGCAGAGGAAGUGGCCCUGCUCUGUGUGUACCUGGCUUCCGAGGAGUCGGCCUACAUGACCGGCCACCCAAUGGUCAUCGACGGCGGCUGGAGCCUGUGACCACAGGGCGCCCCUGCUGCAAGGCAAGCCCUUCCUGUAACCACCGCGCACCUGGACGUGAAGAAAGCCCGAGAGGUUCUCGCUCCUGUGAUGACUACUCAGAGGCUGGGUCUUUAAAUACAUUCAUCCCUUUGCAAUCUCUCCUGAAAUCAUGCUAAGUAAAUCAAAGAAAAAGUAUUAAAAUUGUUGCAAGAGAGUUGUUUUACAGUAAA